AUGAAAAAGUUCAAGGUAAAGCUUUUCGACUCGGACCGCACAUACAAGCCUAAAAAGAAACACAAGGAGGGCACAGAGCGGUAUAACUUGCACAAGUUUGCCAAAUCCCUCGUCCGUUCAGGUGAUCUCAGCAAGGCGGUACGUCUUCCACAGGGUGCCGACCUCAACCACUGGCUCUCCGUCCACACCAUCGACUUCUACAACAUCACUAAUGUGCUGUACGGCUCACUCACGGAGUUCUGCACGACCAGCAGCUGCCCAGUCAUGUCGUCGGGGCCACGUUACGAGUACCUCUGGAAAGACCCACCGGAGUACCCAAAGGCAACCAAGGUUAGUGCGCCAGAGUAUGUGCGGCUGUUGAUGGAGUGGAUCGAGAAACAGAUCAACGAUGAACGCAUUUUCCCAUCAGAGGAUCGUAACCCCUACCCACCAGACUUUGUAGAACGUGUGAAGGUCUGCUUUAAGCGGCUUUUUCGUGUGUAUGCGCACGUGUAUUACUCGCACUUUGCGAAAAUACGUGAGCUGCAGGAGGAGUCGCACCUUAACACAGCGCUGAAGCACUUCAUGUAUUUUGUUUGGGAGUUUGACCUCAUCCCACGUGAGGAGGUCUCGCCGCUGCAGGAGCUCUUGGUUAACCUUAUGGGGCAGCGUGCGAAGGACAAGCUCGACGCUGCAUAA